AGGAUCCGAUUGUCACUUCCUGACAAGCUGCCCACAAAACAGUUUGCUUUCCGCACUUUAUCUUGGUUCCAUGCCAAGGGGUCCUUUAAAGUUGAACUCCGUGCUCAUGAUCAGUUUAGUCGAGCCUCUUAUUUCAAGAAGAACACUUAAUCGUGAGCUUGUGAAAGGAGUUGAUUUCACAAUGAGCAAGCUUUUGUCCGUUUUAAUUCUUCUGUGCUUUGGUAGGUUGCUUGUUUUCCUUUAAAUAGCGAGGGUUGUAACCCUCAACUUAACUGUGCUUAAGAAGAAUAUGAUUUUAUAGUGUAGUCGAAUAUAUUCAGUUUUUAAUCCCUUGAUUAUUCAAUUAAUUUUAACACGUAGCUGUAACGUAUAACAAAUUGACUGAGGGAAAAAAGAAUUUACAGCAUUAAGCUGUUUUGUGGUUUAACCCAGCAUAAUUAUCACUAAAGCAGUUCAAGUGAGGAUGAGUAUAGUCACCUUCAGACGACGAAGCGCCGGGAUUUUGUUUGUUUAAAAAUGACAUUGACAUUUUGCGUGGUGCGUUGCGCGCUUUUGUCUUCCAGUCCCGUCAUUCCAAGCGGCCUCAUCAAAGCUGACGUGCGUUCGUUCCCUGAAGUGCAACAUUCAACGGUACCAAGGCUGUUACGCUGUAAAAGGAAUGUGCCGUUGUGCGCAAGCGUGGUGCUGUAACAAUCCAUUCAAUUACUCGUCACUGCAAAGCUGUCUGUCCGUCGCCGAAAAUGCAGUUCAUUUAGGUAAGAAAUCAUUAAGAAAAGAUGAUCAAUGUGAACACUGUAGAGUGGUUUACGGUAGUUUCGCAGUUACUGUGGGGUCGAUUGCUACACUGUGUGAUUGGCUGAAAAAUCUUGCGCCAUCCAGCUCUUAUUCACUCAAACCAAUCAAGUCCUUUCGAGAGGUGAUUGGAUCACAAAAUCAUAGACUUGCGUUAUGAUUGGCUGAUGCUAGUAGUCACACUGGCACUUGAGAUAAAAGGGAAUGAUUUUUGCAAUACAACCGCACCGUUCAGGCAUCAACAAUCCCCUUCAUUUUUCCUCGCUCUUUAGACACUUUAAUUUUCACUUUAAUAUGCGUUCUCAAUAAAAUGAAUUAAAAGUAGGCUUGAUCGUCCGGGUGAACGUAGUCCUGAACAGGACUGUUGUUGUCCGCCGUGAUUGACGUUUCGACAACCUGUGCGGUAGUCAUCUUCAGAGUCAAAGUGAGUUGUAUCACGUCAGUUGAAGGUAUUAUACUCUGGUUAUUGAUCUGAUUGGUCAAUUACGUCGCGUUGUGAUUAUUAUUCCUCGCGAUGAAGAGGUUUGUCGCGCGUGGGUCAAAGCAGCCAGCAAACUCAGGUGGCCCAUAUUUUCUAGGUAUAUAUCUUUUGGUGUCCGCAAUGACAUCAUCAAGAGAUAAACUGGGUCGGAAUUGAAAGAUACCUGAAGAAGUAAAUGUUCAUAGAGAACUUAGACAGAAACGCUGCAUUUCAGUGAAAUCCUUGGAAUUCAUUUCAGCUGGUAUAAACUUAAGUAUAUAUUCCUUGAUCCCUUUCAGUGGACCCAUGCGAGAAGGAACCUUGUAAGAACAAUGGUUACUGUGUGCAGUUGAAAGGAGCCAAGGACGGUUACCGCUGUGAGUGCCAUGGUACUGGGUACUAUGGUCCUCGCUGUCAUAAGAGUAAGUAUUACUGAAGCUGCCGCCCGGUGGGGAGACUAACGUUAGUCGGGGUAGCCAUCCACCUUAACAUGCGUUGCUUAUUCCAGGUAUCACUCGCUAAGAAGUCUUAAAAACAGACAGAAGGACAAUUAAAUAGUAAAUACAGCUGCUUUAAGCAAAAUGUGGUGUUUUAAUUAAUGCUUUUGAACUCCAAUGCUAAAGCUCCUGAGACAGCGAUUGUUAAGGGUUGCACAAUCAUUUGAGCACGGUCAGUGGUGUUUUUACCUAGAUGUGCGCUACCGUCUAGUAAAUGCAAUUAGCAUCUGGAAUGCUUACCACUCAGUUAAAAGCGGAAAGUAAAUAUAAGGUCAUUUUGCAAAUUCCAAUCGAAAAUUAAGGACUACGUUUCGAGGUACCGUAAAUGAUAUAAUAGGCGCCCUAACUCUAAUAAACACCCCUUGUUUAAUAAACGCCCCCUAUACACGCAAGCUCUUUGGCAGUUGCUCCAAACACUAAGAAAUAGUUGAAUAGAAGAAAAUCAUUCAAGUUAUUCAACGUUUAAAGUUAUCCAAGUUAAGCCUCGUGACUCUGGGGACGAGAAUGAGCUUAUCGGCAAUGGCACUGAUUCAGCAGUCAGAUGGUUAAUCGCCUGCAAUUAUGCCAUUAGGUAGGUAACUCAACCGCAACCCAGCGGUCCCAGAGAAUGCCAAACGUGCAGCCGGUGGGUCCGAAGCGCUAGUGGGAAAAAAUGCAAGUGAUGAGGCAGUAAGAUACUUAGCAAUUGUUGGAUGAGGCUACGAAUGAACUGAACAAUUAUGCAGUUCGAGGAAAGUUUCAUUCGCCAAGGCCGAAGGAGGCCGAGUAGGCCAGGAGAAUAACACUCUACUAGCCUGUUCCACGCGUUCACAUAACUGGAGCGCGGCGCGACGAGAGAGCAAGGAGAAAACAAAUAAGGAGGGAGAGAGAGUUGUUUUUCUUGCUCACAUCUUUUUGCGCCAGCCCAUUAUCUGAACGCCCGCAGCUGACUGUUUUCUUUUUUUUUUUUUUUUUUCAGAAUGCCCUAAAGACGUGAGAAAGGCUAUCCGCAUGCUUUUAAAAAGCAAGGUCAAGUUUGCACACCAAAGAAUUCGCCAUUUGCGCCUUUGCAGGCUUUAAAACUUUCUUUAAUCACAGGAACAUUUAUUAACGAGAAAUCUGCAAGUUAAAAGCUUAUAGAUCGUUAUCAGUCACGUGGUCAGCAGCUAGGCAAGUUUCUUUGAAAAAAAGAAAGUUUUUACAUGAGAAAAAGGUAAACCCUCUCAGGAUUUUUUCUGUACACCAACAAGGUCGCCGGUUUUUUGUUUUGUACACCAAGAUCGCCCCGCUACUUCAUUUGAAAACGGUCCUUUUUCCAAGGAUGUUUGGUGACGGGAAUUCUCCGACAGGAAAUGAAAAACAUUACACUUUAAUAGUACAUAGUUGACUGCCCAAACUGCUGUUGACUGCGUAUUACUAGUAUAUAUAAUUCUGUACAUUAUUUGUUUGCCUGUGCUCUGUGGUAAGCAACGGUUUAAAAACGCGUAUUUUGUUGAGAGUUUAAUGACUUUGAUUACACACAGCAUCGCUUCACGCCGUGAAACAAUAAAAAGAGUAAUUUUUCUACAGCGCAAGACACUGAGAGAAACUUGAUUUUUUUUCCGUUUUCGAAGGAGACUAGGUAACCACUUAAUGUAGAAUCUUUACCAAGCUUUUUUUAUAUCUUAUGGGUCCUCUAGUGUGCUUUUUGGGGGUUUGAGGCGUUGUUCUUGCUGUUUGGUUUUUAGUUCUGCUCAAGGGAUCGGGAAUCAGUGCGGAUCUUACGCAGGCUGCUACAAGUCCCUUAAUUUGCAGUAUUGAACUUCAUCCUUUUCAUCGAAAAGGUGCUUUAAACGUAACACUCCAAAGUGCAGAUACUUCAGCUGAUUAAUUCCUUUUUUUUCUAAUAAACCUCCUUCGAGUUUUUCUAUUCAUCGUGCCAGUUCUCGCAGUCACGAAUUAGCGUGCUUAUCGUUUCAGUAGACUAGUAAAUGUAUGUACGCGGGUCAAAGGUCAAGUCUUUUUUACUGUCAAUGAUUUUGCAUUUUUUAUUUUGAAGAUAUUCAUAACAUCAAAAGCAAUACAUAGUAACGAUCAUUUAAAGAGAGGGAAACGUGAGCAUUGUAAAGUCAGUCCUUCAAUGUUAUAGAGGACAUUUUAAUGUCACAAAGAAGUCAUUUUUACUCAUUAAAAAAGACUGAAGAAACUAUAAAUCAUAACUCCUUAAAAUCUAUUUUUUAGAGUUUUAUCACCGUAAAACCUCUAUUAAGCCACCCAGGGGCUUAUUUAUUUCAAAACACAUUUGAGGGUAUCAGUUUCUGUUAAAGCUAGCAUACAAAGUGGAAAAACUCAAGUACAAGAAGUGGAAGGUCAUGCAGCCAAGGAUCAAAAAACAAGUCCGAACUUCCAGUUGGUUAAUAAACCAUCCCGGUUCAGUCCACACGAAGUUUUACAGUCGAGAUUGAUUAAUUCCGUCCAUCAUUUAUUAGUGAAGAAUUUAUUAGGGGAGGGGAGGGAAGGGGGGCUUAACAGAGGGUUUAUGGUAAGUAAAUUUGUAGAUUAAGAUCUAAAUAAUUUAUUUCUCUUUCUCGCAACCCGCGCGGGCAUAUAGGUCUUUGUUACAUGAAGAUAUUUAAACCCGCGCGUUCACUUCUUCAGGUAACGUGAGCGACGCGAAUAGUGUGUCUUGGUUGCGUCACUGAAACGCACGACCACGUAAAACGUUGUACAUAGCCUGGAAUACAGUCCGCUCUUCGUUACUAGGGAUUUUUCCAGUGAAACGUCCCUGGCGGCUAAGAGUGAGGAGAGAGGGUUGUAUUCGCAGGCUAAACACUGUAAAGGGACUAGGCAAGCUGUCAGUACUAGUUCAAAAGACUGAUUAUUCACAUGCCCGUGAUAAUGUCAGUAAAUACACUUUAGAGUACAUGAAUAACAAUUUCAUUACGAAUACUACUGGAGUGAAAAGAUAAUAAGCAAACAUUAUGCAUUCUUUUUUUUCUGGUGAUACUUACAUUUGAAAUGAGCCAGGGGUAGUGGUCUUAAACCUUUUGCAAACUAAAUAAAGGUUUCUUCUGUCUUCCAAUACCUUGUACAUGCAC